UCUGUGUAACCUGCUAGCUGUAGCUGCGACCGCUGGCUAGCUGCACACGCGAAAACACACAAACCUCAGAUAUGACAGACUGCACGGUUUGGCCCGCUGUGUUAUUUAUUUAUCGAUACAUACUGAGCUACCAAUCAGAUAGGCAUUCAAUUAGCCGGCUAACUUGUCACCACUUAUCGGCCUCAGGGCACAAGGCUAACGUUUGCUGGCUAGCUUGUUAGCACGUCUUCCACAAGCUUUCCUUGAGCACCGGCGGAAACUGCACUCAACUCAGGCUAGCUGACAGCAGCGUUACUUAGUUAGUUGUUAAACAAAAGCAGUAACAUCGGUUUAAUGAGCGUGUAAAGCUUUUAACCUCCUGACAAUCCUCUACAAACACCCUGAAGUGUAGCUGCGAUGGUUGUUUCAGCCAACGUUAACGUUAAACACCGGUUUAACGUCAGGGCCUUUCGAUGUUUCUUCUCUUUUUUCCUACUUCUGCCAGACCAAGACGAGCUAAUUACCACUGGUUAACAAGUUAAUAAGCUGUAUCACAAUGUUUUCAUCACAUAGUUAAGCUGUUUUAUGCGUGAAUGCGGUAAGUUAGUUGAAGCGGAUAUAGCAUUGACGUGAACUUCCUUGACUGUAAGCAAACUUAGCUUAUAGCUUAUCAGUUAUUGCGGUCUUAACAUUGGCGCAGCGAUAAAUAGAUUACAUUUUCAUAUGUUUGCAUGAAUUUGAAUACAAUGACGAUCAGUUUGAGGUAGAAAAUUGACGAUAACAUUAAUUUUGAUAUGUCUUCUUUCAAACCCCAGUGUCUAAAUCAAACUGUGCUGUAGUUGUGUUGUUAUUAACGUGGAUGUGAACAUGAAGUAAGAGUUCUUUUACACAGAUAAAGAGGAGGUAGUUUUAUGGAUGAACACAGUGGGGCCUUACCACAACCGACAGGAGACAUACAAGUAUUUCUCUUUGCCCUUCUGCGCGGGCUCCAAGAAGACCAUCAGUCAUUACCAUGAAACACUCGGAGAGGCUCUGCAGGGAGUGGAGCUGGAAUUCAGCGGCCUAGACAUAAAGUUCAAAGAGGAAGUCAUGCAGACAACAUACUGUGAAAUCGACCUGGACAAAGCCAAACGGGAUGCGUUUGUUUAUGCCAUAAAGAAUCAUUACUGGUACCAAAUGUACAUAGACGACCUGCCCAUCUGGGGUAUUGUUGGUGAGGCGGAUGAAAACGGAGAGGACCACUACUUGUGGACGUACAAGAAACUGGAGAUCGGCUUUAAUGGCAACAGAAUUGUUGAUGUAAAUCUGACAAGUGAAGGCAAAGUCAGACUCGUGCCCAACACAAGAAUUGCAAUGUCUUAUUCUGUGAAGUGGAAGAAGUCAGAUGUGAAGUUCGAAGACAGAUUCGACAAGUACCUCGACCCGUCCUUCUUCCAGCACAGGAUUCACUGGUUCUCCAUCUUCAACUCCUUCAUGAUGGUCAUUUUCUUGGUGGGUCUGGUGUCCAUGAUUCUGAUGAGAACACUAAGAAAGGAUUACGCCAGAUACAGCAAAGAGGAGGAAAUGGAUGACAUGGACAGAGACCUGGGAGAUGAAUACGGGUGGAAGCAAGUACAUGGAGAUGUGUUUCGGCCGUCAAGCCAUCCCCUGAUCUUCUCCUCGCUCAUCGGCUCCGGCUGCCAGAUCUUCUCUGUCUCCCUCAUUGUCAUUAUCGUCGCUAUGGUUGAGGACCUGUACACAGAGAGAGGAUCCAUGCUGAGCACAGCCAUUUUUGUGUACGCUGCAACUUCCCCUGUCAACGGCUACUUUGGGGGAAGCUUGUACGCAAAACAAGGAGGCAGAAGAUGGAUCAAACAAAUGUUCAUCGGGGCCUUCAUGAUCCCAGCCAUGGUGUGUGGGACUGCCUUCUUCAUCAACUUCAUCGCUAUCUAUUACCACGCCUCCAGAGCCAUCCCAUUUGGCACCAUGGUUGCUGUGUGCUGUAUCUGCUUCUUUGUCAUUCUGCCACUAAACCUUGUGGGAACAAUUCUGGGGAGGAAUCUGUCUGGCCAGCCAAACUUUCCCUGCCGGGUGAACGCUGUGCCACGACCGAUCCCUGAGAAGAAAUGGUUCAUGGAGCCGGCUGUCAUCGUCUGCCUCGGAGGAAUCCUUCCAUUCGGCUCCAUUUUUAUCGAAAUGUACUUCAUCUUCACAUCCUUUUGGGCUUACAAAAUCUACUACGUGUACGGCUUCAUGAUGCUGGUCCUGGUUAUCCUCUGCAUCGUGACUGUGUGUGUCACCAUCGUGUGCACGUACUUCCUGCUCAACGCUGAGGACUACAGAUGGCAAUGGACAAGCUUCCUCUCUGCUGCGUCCACUGCUGUUUAUGUUUACAUGUACUCCUUUUACUACUAUUUCUUCAAAACCAAGAUGUACGGGCUGUUCCAGACAUCCUUCUACUUCGGCUACAUGGCUGUGUUCAGCACUGCUCUAGGAAUCAUGUGUGGCGCCGUUGGAUACAUGGGAACAAGUGCCUUUGUGAGGAAGAUCUACACAAAUGUGAAAAUUGACUAAGAAGUGAAGCAGCAUCACAGGGAUAUUAAUGGAUUUGCCUACGUGUAUCCGGAAAGACGGCGGGCACAAGUCAUUCUUUAUUACUUUUCUUUCUUGCAAAGAGAUUGUGAGAAUCUCACUUUGUACAAUGUAGUUUUUCCAUUUUUCUGAAUGAAUUUGAACGCCGCGACACCAAGUGAACGAGAGCAAAUCUGCGGAAGAGAUAUCAAAACACAAGGUUCUGUUUUUAUCAGUUGCUUUCAAACAAACGUCGGGGAGAGGGGAGGGGAGGGGGUGGGGGCAAAUGUUUAAGGCUGACAUGGCUUCUCUUUUUCCAACCCAGUCCCACCUGAGACCAGAGAACAUAAAUGUUUAUUGAUGGAAUAGUGUAGCUCUCUUCAGUGAAGAGGCCUAAGUGUAUUGAAAGCCUUUUGUUCUAUUGUGUCAGAAUAUUGGAGAGUUGGGUUUGUGCCCGCGUGUUCUGACUUGAUUUCUAUUUUGUAUUCUUGCAGUCACUCGAAAUAUCGUUACUACACCGUUUUGUUCAGAUUUACUUCCACUGCGAAAGAUUCUAUAUAAAACCUGUCGUCACUCGAGAAUCAUUCCCCCAUUUCGACAAUUCUUAAUUCCCUGUUACAGUAGCAAUCCAUCCAGUUGAUAUUUUAGUCCUGCUGUAGUUUACUGUACAGACGAGAACAGAGGGACUGAUCAGCGGCAGAGGUACAGUAAGAACAGAUUUUUAAAUGGAUGUUUGAUGUGAUCCCAUUUCCCCGUUUAGUCUUAUGUUUUCUUAAUGUUUGGGUUUGAAUGAAGUCUACUUGUAAAGAUAAUAUAUGGGUGGGGGGGAAGUGUAUAUGACCUUAAUAAUGUACCUUUAGAUGUAGAUCCCAAAUGUAUUUUCGUUGUACAGAUUUACUACAGGGUGUUUUUUUUAAAUGAAUCAUUCAGUUAAAAACAAAAAAAAGGUAUAUUGUUUUUUUUUUCUUUCUUUUCUUUGUUUGGUGCUUGGGGUGGGGCUGGUGGCGCUGUUACAUCUUGCCUGAAAUUGCAUGAAGUUUUCACCGAACCAUCUGCUCAUCAAAUUCCACUUCAGUCAGCGCUGUCAGGUUUUGUUUUGUUUUUUUUCUUCUCUCCUCUGAGCAUCUCCUCGGUUUUAAAAGGUAAAGGUACACUUGGACGACUGGUAGGCCUGCUUAUGGACACGCUUAUUUUGAUUUCAUAUAUUAUUUAAAGCUUUAAAAAGGCUCUACAUCUUCUGGUAAGCCAUCUCCCUCAUCUUCUUUCUGUUGCCUAACCUGAAGCAUAAUUUGUGAAUGUCAGAAGGAAUGAGGCAAUUGCUUUGUUUCCGCAAACAUACUGUACAAAUUGAAGUUUAUGUACACUUAAACUAGAUGUUUUCAUAACCACACAGUGCUGCGGAGUGUUUCAAACGCUUUUUUCCAUUUUGUGUAAAUACAGUAUGUACCCUACUUGUAUGAGAAGUGGCAAUGCCUUUUUUUUUUUCUAAUUUCCAGUUCUCCCCCACUGAAGUUGAUUUUGGCACCUCAUGUUGUGUACCGAUGUCUGAUUAGACAUUUUGAACCUGCAUAUUAACUUGCUGUAAAAAGAGAAAAUAAACAGUUUAUGUACA